UGGGCCUAGCUCGAGAGCUCGCUCCAAGCAAGCCUUUUUUCGCCUCUUUCAAGAUGGAAACGCACCGGAAAAAAGUAAAUUGUGCCCAGUGCACCUAGCGAGUGAUCGCAGACAGCGCCGCAUCAGUCCAGGCAGGGUCGCGUCCGUCCCCGUGCGCGGUGGUCCAUGUGUGCUUCAGCGGCGCGCCCGGCCAGAAGCCGGCCCAGCAUGCGGCCGAGCUGAAGAAUCUGCCGAGCCAGCGGCCCCUCGUCGUGCUUCGUCAUGAGUUCGGAGCAGCGCAGGGAGCAGCCGCAGCCGGCGCCCCACGUGCCGCCCGACGACAAGAGCCAGAGCGAACCACGGCUUGAGCCUCCGCCCACGUCGCUUGGUUCGACGAGCGCACUGAGCAGCCAGACAGAGCACAAGAGCCGCGAGCCGCUGGAGCAGCCGCUGGUUGAGUAUGGCGACAUCCGGAGACCGUCCAUCAGCGUCAACGAGGGUGAGCUGGGCAGCCAGCCACCGCUCGGCGAGCAUCCGCGCAAGAGCAUCGGCAGCGUUGACUACGGCGACCCAGGGCCCGAGAAGUCCGAGAAGGAAGACAUCCUCACGCCCAUGGCCCCUGUGGCAGGGGACAACAUGGACACCGCGAAAGAUUUCAUCGAGGGCGUCUGGAGCUCUGAAGAGGCACCCAAGGCCACUGCCACGCCAAUGUCUAUGGCACUGGUGCCGCUGGACGAGCGCGGAGAGGAAGAGCAACGUCAGGCUGAAGAAGCUCCGCCACAACCAGAACCAGAGCCACUCCAUUUGGUACCGAUUGAAGAGAAGCCGCCGCCACCGCAGCCGCCACCACCACCAGCAGCACCCUCAGAAGGUAAGGAGAGUCGUUCUGCUACCACCUCGGGCACCACUACCGGCUCCUCGUCGGAGGGCUCGGAGAGUGAGACGUCGACUAGUGGCUCCAGCAGCACGGGCACUAGCAGCAGCGGUACCACUAGUUCAACCGGUUCUAGUAGCACGAGUGGCAGCACCAGUACCAGUGGCACUAGCGGCAGCACGACUGGUACCACGACAGGCACGACGACUAGAACGACCAAGGGCAAGACGGAACCACCGGAUAAGGUGUCAAAAGCAGCAGUCGCUGCAACUGCUGCGGCGCCGGCACAUGCGGCUGCCCCGGGGCAGCCGUCGAAAAAGCCACCUGGAGAAGUGACAGCGUCUUCUUCGUCCGAGUCCUCGUCUGGUUCUAGCUCCGGUAGUGACUCCGAGAGCAGUGAGUCUGGCUCCUCGUCAGCAGAAACUGCAACUCAAAAAGAUGACGAGAAGAAACCACUCCUGCCCAAGCAACAAGCACCGUCGACGGAAGGAAAGAAACCUGAAGGCGAGGGCAAGUCCAGUUUUACUUCGCCAGCCAGCGCCUCGUCAGGCGCAACGUCUGGCCCAACGUCGGGAGGAACGUCUGGCCCAACAUCUGGUAAAACGUCUGGCCCAACAUCUGGCCCAACGUCGGGACCGACGUCGGGGCUAGCGUCGGCGCCGACAUCAGAAACAAAGACGGCGCCCUCAUUACCACCUAAGCACCCGCCUGUGCCUCCAGGUGGACUCAGACCAAACCGGCCACCUCCGAAGCCCCCACAGCCAAAAGCCCCACCAACACCUGAGAAACCACACAAAGGCAGCGAAAAGCUGGGGAACGAUCCUUCAAUGUAUGCCCUAUUGAACAACGAAGUGCAUCGAGAUGCCGAGCACAGAAAUAAUCGGAUUCCUUGCGGCCUGCUGGUAGCGAACAUUGUGGCAGCUCUCAUACUCGUCAUCAUCUCCCACGCUCUCAUCGUGUACGAUCUCGAACGACGUGCCUCGAUGACCAGCACUCCGGCACCUCCUGAAGUUAGGGAAUAUGAUCAUGUGUGUCGUGACGUACAGUGCAGUGCGGCUGGCACUCACCUUUUUUACGUGUUGAAUGCGAGUGCCAGGCCUUGCGACAGCAUUUACAACUACGUAUGCAAAAGUUGGAUACACGAAGGGCCACAGAACUACCGCAAGAUAGUCCUUGGCGCUGAACGCAUCCAUGUUGACAACAUGUACACGGAAAUGAAAAGCGCCCUACUCAGUUAUCAGGCAAGGGCUAGCGAAUCAGCGGCCGUAAGAAAAGCUACUGAACUCUACAGGCUGUGCUUAGAAGAGCCAAAAAAGCAACCAAAGAAUACAAAUCUCAUAAAUGAAAUAUUGAAUGAGUAUGGUCUUGCUUCGUGGCCUUACUCAGAAAGUGUCCCUUUAAAUGCUUUCUCAAGUCCGUACGUAAGCCUGGCGAAGUUCAUCCGUGAUUCCGGCGUCGGGGCGGUUGUGGCUGUGAAAAAGUUACCUGACCCCGAGAAUACUCAGGCUAGAGUAUUUGCCAUUGACUGCUCCACUUUUGUUGUGCCAAUGGGCACGCUCCUGUCGUUUGCGGAACAUAAAAGCGACACUUUGCUCGGUUACAAAGCAUACAUUGCUGACGUCAUAAAAGAAGUUCGACCUCAAAGACAGGAUACAGAGAAACUGGCCACAACAAUUUUGGCAUUUGAAGUCAACAUGGCACACCGCUGCAACGAAGGCUGUCGCAAGAAAAGGUUUAAGAGGACGACUCUCGGGGACUUGAAAGCUGAAUUGAACAGCAAUGGUGUGAACUGGGAGCAGUUUAUAGACACUGCGGCUUCAGGCAAAUCAAACGUUGACCCCAGCAGUCCAGUUCUCGUCCGCUCUUCGCGCUACCUUAAAAGCGUCUCCAUGCUUUUUGAAGGCCAGCAAACACUGCGCCGUAUGAUGAGCUAUGUAGGGUGGAGGGUAGUUCAUCACUUUAUGCGGCAUGCUGGUGUUCGCUUCCGAAACUUGACAGAGUCGUUCAUGACGACGAGGCUCAAGGAAGAAAGGUUUCCGUACGAGAGAAGCUGUCUCAGAGACGUCAACAAUGUCAUGCCUUUUGCUGUGGGACGUGUCUUUGCUGAGACAGUGUUGUCUCGGGACCAUUUUGACCAUGCUGUGCGGACUGUGACUGCUCUCAUCAAAGGUUUUCAGGUCGUGCUCAGAGAGUUUCAGUGGGCCCCUCUGGAUGUGCAAUCCAAGUUCUCCAGAAUGGAAUACCUCGUCAGCUACCCGGAGUGGAUAAAGAAUUUUUCUAAACUGAACGCCUAUUAUGAAAAUGUAAGAACAGACGGAUCGUAUUUUCAACGCUACAUCAGCGCCUCACGGAAUCGAUAUCAGCGUUACCUAUCUCCACUACCGAUGAUGCCAUACAUGCACCGCAGGCUGGCAGAGUUCAUCUUCCCUUCCCGCAUUGUAGACCUUGAGCGGCGCGUGGGGCCCCCGCGCGAGACCAGUUUCUACGACGUUCGCGACAACACGCUCAUCGUACCGGCUGGCUCCAUGCAGCCGCCUUACUACGACACAAGGCGUCCGUGGGGUCUCACCUUCGGAGGUCUCGGAACCAUGGUCGCCCGAGACUUCAUCAACGAGAUGUUUCACACGCCCGAAGGAAUCUUAAAGGAUGAUAAGCAAAAGACCACUUUCAAGGACAAGACCCAGUGUCUGUUGGAUCACCUCAAGAAAGGAUUGGACCCGAACACAAACCCCGACUGCUCGAGCGUCGUCACGGACGUUUUCGCGCUCCGGGUGGCGUACGAGGCGUACCAGAUCUUCGUCGACGGCAGAGACGAUGACACGCUCCAAGGCGUCGCGCACAUGACUCCGGAGCAGCUUUUUUUCAUCUCGGCCGUGCGCACGCUGUGCACCAGCAUCAGGGAGCAGCACUUUGCCCAAGUUGUGCUUCUGGGCAAAAGUGUCAUGGAGAUGGAGCUCAUCGACCCCGCCGUGAUGAGCAUGCGAGAGUUUGAGGACGCUUUCGACUGCAAAAUGAGCAACAUCACGGCUGGACAGAACUUGUUCAACAAGUGUUUCUAUCCUCCUCAAGCAACGUGACUGCAAGCACCACCGCAAGGCGAGCAAGUGCUGGAAUGAAGCAACUUGAAUGAAAGCUUCGGCAUCCACAGUGAAACGCCCACUCAGGUGUGUCCUUUGUGGUCGCCUCUAUGUCAUCGCGCGGCUCCGGCGGGUUCCAUGCUCGAACACGAAAGUGCCUAUGCCUGGACGUUUCUUGCGUCACUUUUGCCUUCAAAAUAUGGCGAAACGUGGCACUGUAAAUAUGUGAAUACAAACAAUCGUACGGAGCCUUCAUCACAUUUUGUUUGUUCUUCUUCACAGUUGAGUGGACUCGUUAGCAGGAAGUUUUGUCGUGCGCUUUUUGGAGACUGGCUAGACUCCCUUACCGCAAG